CACGACGGCAACGAUGGGAAUCGACCUUCAAGAGGAACUCAAGAACAAGAUAACUGAACACAACAUUGAGAACGAGCAUGAUCCAAGCAAGGAAGAUCCAGAGGAACUUCUUGAAGGUGCAGUCGAGGCAGUCGCAGAAUCGAGCGAUGCGAUAACGGAUUCAAAGAACUUCGACGUGUACUGCAGUCUACUAAAACACUCGGAUGCGGUUCCAGGCACUGUCAUGACCAAGCUGCUCGAUUCUCUAACAUCUGGAUUUCAAACCGAAACCGAUGCCACUAUAAGAGAUGCCGUUACAGAGGACCCUAGAGGCAAUAUCAGGGCACAAGGAUGCCCUCGACAUUCGGAGGGUGAGGAAACGGCUCCUGUCCCUAAAGCUAAGCCCAAGAGAGGAAGAGGCGCGAAGACGGGGAGGACUGGUGGACGGACAGCGGCAUCGAAGAAGAACUCAGAGCAAUGGUCAUGGCAAGAUCACAUACCAAACGCGUUAGGAUUGAUUUGCCGAAUACUUGAGAAGCUUCCUGCUCAGCAUGUGUGGCCGACGAGUAUGGAACGAGAAGCGUUCAUCAAAUGUAUUACACUGCCGGUUUACGAUAUCUCGACGAAUGAAUCGUACAUGAAAGUGGCCGACAUCAAGAAAGGCGUACUGAGGGCGAUCUGCUUGUCGGUCAAUUCGCACGGCCAGGGAUCCACAGCGUCCACCAAAAUCAUGGCAAAUUUAUCUUUUCACGAACAUUUGGCAGAGCCGAUGGCGGAAUGUCUGGCAAUCGUCGAGGACGAAUACCAUCACCCCGAACUAGCAGAUGAGGUCCUCAGGGACAUAUCUGCACAGAAAUUUAGCGCUCAAGAUACCAAAGGGCCCCGUACUUUUUCCAAGUUUCUUAUCAGAUAUUCCGAAGUGUGCCCUCGCCAUACCCUCAAACAAAUCAGUCUUCUCCUUGACCAGUUGGACUCCGAGGCCUAUCCCAUGCGUAUCGCCAUUGUCGAAAUUAUUGGGAACCUCAUUGUACAUCUAGAUAGCAACAGUGGUCCCGUAGGAUCUCAAGAGAAUACCCAGACUACGAAGCAGAUUAACGGUCUUUAUGACUUUCUCAUCGAACGUAUGCGAGACGUCACGACCUAUGUCCGUACGAAAGUCCUAUCCGUGUUCACAAGGCUUUGUGAACUCAAAAACGUGUAUGGGAGAUCACGGUUACAUGUUACCAGGAUCGCUAUUACGGCGCUGGAGGAUAAGGCGGCAGCUGUGCGGAAGAAUGCAGUAGUGUUGCUCGUGAAACUUAUCACAACGCAUCCUUGGGAUCGUAUUCACAAAGGGCCUUUGGAAAUGGACGUAUGGGAGAAAGAGUAUGAAGAGCUGCUGGAGAAAUGGGCACCAUACCAGGAAAAACUGGACAAGUUUAAUCUUGCCGACCAGGCCUCUCAAGUACACGGGGAGGAGGAGGAGGAGGAGGAGGAGGGAGAGGGCGACAGCGAUGACGAGGCAGAACAAGAGGAGGCGGAGGCGGAAGAAGACCAUGAGCCGACCACCAAGCAGCCCAAGAAAUCUAACAAAAAGGUUCGAGGAGACGAUGAGAUGGAUGUUGAAGAAGAUGGGGAUGAAAACGAGAGCGAUGCAAAUGAUGAUGCUAUGUCGGUGGACGGCGAAGAGGGCGAGCCUCAAUCCCGACCGCGCAAGAAGGGUAAAUCUAAGAAGGCCUCGAAGAAAACCAAGCGCAAGCCUCGGCAGUCUCAGCUGAACCCCGAUGCUUUGGAGGCGUUGAGGCUUAUGGAUGAACAGGAAGUCAAGGAGUUACGGCUGACGAAAAAGUACUAUAUCGAAGGAAUGGAUUUCAUGCGACAUAUCGAAGAAGCCAUGGUCGUCUUGUGCCAGUUGCUUGGCUCAACCAACAAGCCAGAAGCCUUGGAAGCUAUUGGAUUCUUCCAGGUUGCUUAUCAGUACAAGAUGCGGAAUGCUGAGAGUGGUAUCAAGAAGAUGCUGCAUUUGAUUUGGCAGAAGGACAACAGCAUAACAUCGGAAGAUGGCAAGGAAAUCAAGGGCGUUCGUUCCCGACUUUUGGAAUCCUACCAGAUGCUGUACUUCGAUCCCAUCGCCAACUUGGAUGCCCGAGGUCAGGUCAGUCGGAUAGCGAAGAACAUGAUUGAGCUCACUUAUGGCGCCACUCUCGCCGAACUGACGAGCUUGGAGGAAAUGAUGCGCACAAUGAUGGCUAAUGACCAAAUUCCUUCAGAAGUUAUCAGCAAGCUGUGGCAAAUCUACACGUCGAACAAACUUCUUCCCAAGCCUCAGCGACGAGGAGCAAUCGUUAUCCUGGGAAUGCUGGCUUUGGCCAAACACAACAUACUGUCAGAGCUCGAUCACGUCGAUACCAUGUUGAAGGUCGGUUUGGGUGCGCUUGGAAGGGCGGACCUGACUCUUGCCCGAUACACCUGUGUAGCAUUGCAACGGCUGAACGGGAGCGCCAAGAAAGUGAAAGGAUCUCUCGAUGAUAAGACGAUGCGUAUCGAGAUGGAUAGUGCCAUCUUCCAGAAGCUGAAUCAAGUCAUUCUUCGUCCCUGCCACUCCAAAGACUGGUUUGGGCUGGCCGAACAGGUCAUCAACACCGUCUACGCUCUCGGCGAACACCCUGACGUCUUCUGCAAUGACCUCAUAAAGAAACUCACUCACCGUGCUUUCACUCCUGCGCCUCAAGCUGAGAGCGCUAAGGAGGAUAAAGAGAAUGAUCCGGAUGCUAUGGACGAGGACCACCCUGGCGACGUUUCGCGAGCUGAUUCCCAAGAACCUAAGGCGACGGACUUAGGCGACGCUUUCCAUCUGAGCCAGCUGCUCUUUGUGGUUGGUCAUGUUGCAAUUAAGCACAUUGUGUACUUGGAACUUGUUGAGCGAGAAGCUAAAAGACAAAAGGAUGAGGCCCAAGCCGCGGAGAAAAAAGCAGCUCAGGCACCUGGUGCUCGCGGACCUUCUUCCAAAGAUGGUGAGGAGUUGGACCAAGUUGCUGGGAACGCGGAGGACGAGAUCGGCGAACACAUACAAGAGAUCCGAGAGCAUGAACUCCUUUUUGGCCCAGAAUCACUGCUUGCUGUUUACGGUCCCAUCUUAGUGUAUAUCUGUGGACGGCCUGACAAGAAUCCUACCCUCAAAGCCGCUGCGACCCUAUCGUUCAGCAAGUUUCUCUGCGUCAGCUCCCAAUUUUGUGACGAGCAUCAUUUGCUGCUCUUCAAAAUCCUUGAAAAGUCUGAUAGCGCCAAUAUCCGGAGCAACAUCGCCAUUGCACUGGGUGAUGUUGCUGUCUCCUUCAGUACCAUCAUCGAUGAAAAUAGCAAUGAACUCUACCGAGGACUUUCGGACCCCGAUCUUGUAGUAAAGAAGAACACACUUAUGGUUCUUACACAUUUGAUCUUGAACGGGAUGGUCAAGGUCAAAGGACAGUUAGGAGAGAUGGCGAAAUGUGUGCAAGAUCCCGACGAUCGUAUUUCCGACCUCGCGAAGUUGUUCUUCAAAGAGUUAUCAACGAAAGACAACGCCAUCUAUAACAAUCUGCCAGAUGUCAUCAGUCAUCUCUCUUUUGGUGAACAUGCUGUAGAUGAAGAAAUGUUUCAGAGUACGAUGUCGUAUAUUUUUACCUUCAUCGAAAAGGAUAAGCAAACGGAGAAUGUCGUAGAGAAGCUGUGCCAGAGGUUCCAGCUGUCCGAAGAACCUAGGCAAUGGCGAGAUAUCGCUUACUGUCUAUCGCUGCUGAAUUACAAGUCAGACCGAUCUGUCAAGAAGCUCAUUGAAGGCCAUAGGUUCUAUGGCAACAAGUUGCAUGAACCAGUUGUUUAUGAGCGAUUCACCGCUAUCCUCAACAAAGCUCGUGCGGCUAAGAGCAAGGAUAAGCCAGAUCAUGAGCUAGAUGAAUUUGGCAAGCUCCUUGAAGAAAGUAAGGAAGCGGGCACCGAAGAACACGAUCUGGCGAAGCGAACCAAGUCUGCAGUCAAGAAGCGUGCCAAACGUCCUGCAACACGCUCAACCAGAAAAGUUAAGGUUGAGCAAACUAUCGAGGAGGAUGACGAUGAAUGAACGAGAUUGAUAUGUCAAUGAUCUAUGUAUAGCAAUAAUAUUAUAUGGCCACCUCUUGUAUCAGUAUUAAUGUACUAAUACCUCCACCCGCAGUCGAAUAAUUCUACUGAAACGAACGUGGGCGCAAAAGAGCGAUAACAAGUGUCGAUACGUGAGUAAAGAGUGUGGGAUCGACAAAAGCGACAGAGAUGGUGAAAUAUGUAGGUGCAAAGGAAUGUGGGUGGCAAUGGACAACUGUAUAAUGAGUGUCGCAGGGUGAGGUUAUUAGACCAAAAAACCAAAAAAGAAGUGGUGAGUUACAAAGUGAUUAUCCGGGGAUGUCCAAAAAGAGUCCUCGUCUUGAUAAU